AUGGCUUGUAUUAACGGUUCAUUGCCUUCAAUUUCAUCAUUUAUCUUUGUAAGUGAUCUUCCAUCAUACGGACUCAUUGGUUUUAUAUCUAUUGGUCUUAUUCUUUAUUGUGCAUAUAUUAUUACUUUUGCACGAAAUCAUCAUACAUCAUCAUCAUCGGAUGUCUACACAUAUUUUUCACAAUUUUCACUUUUUUUAUUAUUACUCUCUCCAAUUACAUUUCUUUUUCGACCAUCAGCGUCCAUAAAUAUUGUAUGUCCAACACAAACAUUAUCAUUACAAAUUCUACCAUUUUGUCUUCUACUUGGUUUUAAUGUACAUUUUGCAUAUGAAUGGUUAUUAAAAAUAAUACAUCCAAUUCGUAAAUCAUUUCUUAUAGCAAUUAGUUCAUUUUUAAUAUUUUUUCUUGCGGUUUUAAUUCAAACAGCUAUACUUCUUAUUUGGUUUUACAAUAAUAACAAUAAUAAUACUGAUGAACAAUGUACAACUGAAUGUCAUCGACCAUUAUUUCUUUGUUCAUUAAUAUUUAAUUUUUUUCUUCUAUUUCUCUAUUCAUUUCAAUCAAGUAUACGAUAUCAUUUAAAUAAUAAACAAAAUGAUUUCAUUCAUAUAUUAACAAGUCUUUUCGCACUAUGUAUUACAAUUAUAUGGAUUUGUUUAUAUCUGUUUAUUCCCUUAAGAUCAUCAUAUACAUUUUAUAUGAAUAAUAAUUAUAUACUUGCAUAUGGAACAUUAUUUUUUGCCUAUGCAUUUAUUGGACCAUUUCUUUAUGAACAACUUUUUUAUCACAAGAAAAUAAAAACAACAAUGACAGAAAGAGAAAUUAAAGAUAAAUCAAAUAAAAUUAAUAAAAUGACAUUUAAAUAUUUGUCCCUGACUAAAGAGCAACAACGUGCAUUCAUGGCUGCAUAUAUUAAACGUAAUUUAACAGCUUCAUGUGAAAAUCUCACAGCAAAAAAUAUUUCAUCAUCACAACAAUCAAAUCAAACACGUCAUUCAACAUUAAGUGUUGAUAGUUUAUGUCCAACAUUGAUUAGUACGGUUUCAUAUGAAUCUCCACCAGCAAUAUUACCAAUGAUAAUUAAUGAUACAUCAAGUUGUGGAACAUUGACAAGUGAAUAUUUACUUUUACCAACUUUAAAUGAUAUGAAAUCAUAA